CGGGUUCCGCAGUGAACCCUGCGCGAUCAAUUGGCUGGAAACCCGGGGCCGACCCUUUCUGUAAAUUAUUCUUAUGGCCUUCUUCUUACGAGAGCUUCCAUUGUUUUUCGAAACAAUUUUUCAUGCCUUGCAAACGUUUCAUUUCAUCGGUUAAACAUUUCAGGCUAUCAAAAGCCAAACUUUGUUUGUGUCCAAUUUUCGGUACCUUUGCAAUGUUCGCCUUAUCUUUCUACUCCCCCCCUUCUCUCUCCGUCCAUGUUGCCUCUCACCCAUAAACCAUUCCUCUCAUGAAUCAGAGACGCUUCACAUGCUCCCAGCUCCAAAUUCAUCGGCAGCACCACCAACUUCCUCAUGGCAUUUUCUGUAAUCCAGACACCACUACCACGAACUUCAUCGACGUCAUGGGGAUCCCUUUCCUCCUCCGACCUCCCUCGCAAGUACCGGCCUCCCUCCAAAGCCCCGAUAUUCCUCGACUCGUCGUUUACUCCAUCCCCUACUGACCUUCAUUCUGUUGUGCCGCUCAGGUCCUCCAAUUCCCCUUCUUCCUCUCCCAUCUCCGAUUCUGGCCUCCUCUUUCGCCGCAAACUCCUUUACCUCGAGAGCCUACGGGUUAACUCCUCGGCGGCCAUUGCGAAGAACCCCAAUCUCCGGUCCGCGUCCAUUGACAGCCUCAGAACCGUCGAGUCUUGCUUUCGGAGUAUGGGACUCGGCCGCGACGACAUCGGCCGGAUCCUCAGCAUGCACCCCCAACUCCUAACCUGCGACCUCCGCCGGGACGUCUAUCCCGUCUUUGAUUUCCUCCUCAACGAGGUCGGCAUCCCAUGGCCUCACCUCCGGAAAGCCCUAACCCGAUGCCCCAGAUUGUUAGUUUCUAGCGUCGCCGAUCAGCUUCGGCCCACCUUCUACUUCCUUCAGAGACUCGGCUUCGUCGGUCCUCAUGCCAUAAGCUGCCAAACCACCCUGCUCUUAGUGUCCAGCGUCGAGAACACCCUCAUGCCCAAAAUCGAAUUUUUGCAAAGCAUGGGUUUCUCUUACAGAGAGGUAGUGAAGAUGGUGCUGCGGUCCCCUGGGUUAUUGACUUUCAGUAUCGAGAAGAAUUUCAAGCCGAAAUUCGAGUUUUUCGUGAAUGAGAUGGGCAGGGAUGUUGCAGAACUUAAGGAUUUCCCUCAUUACUUCUCCUUUAGUUUGGAGGGGAGGAUAAGGCCUAGGCACAAGAGAUUAAUGGGGCUUGGGUUCAAGGUUUCCUUGUCGGAGAUGUUGACAGUCAGCGACGGCGGGUUCAAUGACAUGUUGGUCGAGCUGAAACUGAAAUCCGUCGAAGGGCUCUUGAGGUGAAACUGGAUGUGUCAGCCUAGUCAUCUAUUACUGAGAUACAAGUUCGUUCAGUCAGAGAUGUAUGCCUUCCACCAGCCACUCAAAGUUAAUGCAGAAAAUGGAUUGGGGCUACAGAAACAAUUAUACUGUAAAGGUGUACCCGUGCACAGUUUCUUCCGUACAUCAAACUUAAGUGAACUGGUGCUAUCUCCUGACUGGGAUGUAUAUCCUGUCGUGCAUCUAUUGCAGACUUGUUUUUGCAAUCUUAAUGACAGUAUGGAAUUUAAUGAAGAAGGGCACGAGUAUGGAAGAGGAAUGCAGAGGGUGCCCUUCAGGAAGUUGUUGACUUCGGUCCUUCCACCUUAUUCUUUCUCGCUUGUGUGUCUAUUCGUUUUCCAGUUCUCUUUUGUCGCGUUAUCAUGCCAUGAGUAGUGACUGAAAGCAGUUUGGGAAGUGAAGUGGUUUUGCAAGAAGCAUGUUUUCUGACAGCACAAAGUGUGCUUCUCCACGCUUCCUAUAUCUGGCAGUAUGAAAGUAUUUCUCCCUGCGCCGAGACUGUAAUGAAGUAUUGGCAAAGUUUUCAACAGAUACUAAAGAAAAGACAGUACCGGGUUAAUGGAAAAUGUACAGUUGCCUUAGAACGAGUGAGAAGAUGGCGGUACAAAUUGGUCUAAUUUUAUGCCUUUGUCCAUUUCGCUUUCUGACAUGCUGGGGCCACAGUGGGUCUUCGGACGAUGCCCCUCGACGAGAAAUCCUACUUUUAUUGCUCGUGAUUUGGAAAAGAAAAGCAAAACUGGUGGCUUUCGUUGGACGAACUUUCUGACUUAACGUGAUCUACAGAAUUCAAAGUUGAGUGUUCAAUUUCUUAUUAACGGUUCGACGACAGAAAGCCUUUCAGGAUUCAGAGAGACAAAUCUGGAGUUCUGGAACUCCUCUUUCUUCUGCUUUCUGAUGCUGAGGUGAGUUGUGAAGCACUGGAUGCGGCCUUUGCCACCUCAUGGAUUGAAUGGACUCGCCAGCUUUUGCUCUGAUGGCGACGAAAGGGCGUGUGAACUGCCGUUUUUCCACAAAAGCGACUCGUAUCCGUUGUUCUAGCUGUUCAGUACACCUUGCAUUCUAGGUCCUAAAUGUUGACACUUCCUAUAUACACCAGAUUAGCUACCUAACUACUUGCUGUUGAGAGUGAGAGAGAGGAGAGGCACGUUAUUGGAAUCGGCCACCAUGAUCACAAAUCUUGUGGGGACCUUGUCCCCUUCCCGUCAACAAAUCUCUACGAAGAUUUCGGGAGCAAAAGUCCACCAAAAUAAACGACAAACUUUCGUGGGUGAGCAUUCACAGAAAAGAUACACGAGCGGCCUGCGCGCCCUCCCCUGUCUAACCAAGGAAGGUGUCGAUGAAAAUACAAGU